AUGCGCACCUAUGUGCACGCUGGACCUGCUCCUCUUUAUCGAACUUUCAUCCCGAAUCUUGGCCAUCUCUUUUCCGACACGACAUCGUACAUGGGCCAUUGCAAAUCCCUUGGCGACUACCGGGCUGACUGUCCCGUUGAACAAAAUUUUCGGAGGUUAGUGCUACGGGCGACAGAAGCCGUAGUGGAGAGGCUUGCUGAUUGGCGGUUCGAUGCGCCGUCGUUCUCCCUCUGCGUGGUCAUUACCCUCGGCAGCCAUGCGUUAGGCCGAACCUUCGACCGUCGAGCCAUCCCCAAAGCACCUGGAAUACCGAAGGUGGACAUGGGAGGUCAUAAAUCGUUCAAUGCUCUUUUUCGCGAGAGCGCCUCUGUAACACCGUAUGACACGGUGUAUUACUUUGAUCAGCUCAUCGACCACGAUGACCCGUCCAAGGGAAUGUUCAAGCAGCGAUACUGGCACAGUGCAGAGUUCUACAAAGAAGGCGGCCCAAUAAUACUUAUGAACGCAGGAGAAGUUGACGCGAGCAACUAUUACAGCUACGUAACAGACUCGACAAUCAACGGAGUCGUUGCUCAAAAGUUUGGCGGUGCAGCAAUAGUCCUUGAACAUCGCUUUCUCGGCCAGAGCAAUCCUUAUCCGAACCUGAACGUGGACAGUCUGAAGUAUAUGACCGUGGCCCAAACUAUUGAGGAUCACCUAUAUUUUGCUCAGAACGUUGUCCUUCCUCAAGACAAUGGUGACAGUGUAGGUCCGGAUAAGGCGCCGUGGAUCCUAAUAGGAGGAAGCUACCCAGGUGGUUUGGCAUCCAGACGUAUUCUGGAUAGGCUAUGCGUCAUCGGCAGUUGUGCAAGUACAGCUGUACGUCUAGCUCUUUCUUCCAUCAUUCUCGAACUCACGUAUAUCCACAGUGACUUUUGGCAAUACUUUGAACCCAUACGUGAGAACAUGCCAAAGAACUGCUCUGCCGAUGUCGAAGCCGUCAUCACCUACAUCGACGAAGUUUUCUUUGGCACUGAUACUGAAGCGCAAAUGAAAAUCCGCAACCUGUUUGGCUUCAAUUCAACCAACCUGGCAUUAGCUGAAGCUCUGAGAUGGGAUCUGUGGUCGUGGCAAGAGCUACAGCCUAGUACCGGUCCAUGGUCCUCUUUCUACCGGUUCUGCGAUGCACUUGAGGUGAAGAAUGGUGUCUCGGCGCCUGAGGGUGGAUGGGGUGUUGAGAACGCACUCUCAGCCUGGGCUCAAUGGUUAACGCCGACAAAUGGUACAGUUAAUGCCACUGAUGCCUCUCGUCAGCCACCUACACCUGCAAUAAACCCUAAGGAACUCGAAGCUAGGGCUGACCAUCCCGUUGGUAAUACAUAUCGCUCUUGGCUCUGGCUGAAAGACGGACCGCCUAUUGGACAGGGCGGUAUUGUUUCGCGCCUCAACACUGUCGAAAGUGAUCUGCGAUUAUGCGUUGUCGAAUUCCCGGAUGCCUUCCCUACGAUCCCGCAUCCUGACGGUGACCGAAUCAAUGCCCUCUACGGCGGAUGGGGUGUCAAAAACAAAAGGCUUUUCUUCGCCAACGGCAAACAGGCAACGGUAUCUGCCGUAAAUAGUACAGCCGUGAGCACAGAGGACCAACCUAUUGGCCUAUCAAACGGGUUUCAUUGCACGGAUUUGGUGAUGGCACUCGCUGCGCCUGAUCCUACUGUCGUUGCCGUGCAAGAUUUGUUCUUGGAAUACGUGGAAAAGUGGUUAAAGGAUUUUGUGGCCAAUUAA